AUGCCAUCUUUCAAUGAUUCCAUUGGCUUAUGGGUUGCAUGUGGUGCUAAGAGGAAGGAAGUAGGUACAACUAAAGCAGACCAUCUUACUGAAGGAAAUACAGAUAUUGCAGUACAUGCACAAGAUGCCUUUCAAAGCAUGUCAGUUAUGGACAAUGAAAAGGAAAUAAAAUGGUCUAGGAAGAAAGGAGAACUGUGUAAAAUACCUACAAAAGUUUCUGUGUCCCUGGAGACAGUAAAUGUUUGUCAAAUUCUAAAAUUCAGUAAUUUUGGCAGAAUAUUAGCUACUGGAAGUGGCAAUCUAAAUCAGUUUUAUCUAUCUGUGUAUGAAAUACCGUCUGGAAAGCUGCUUCUAAGAAAACUGGCUCAUACCCAAGUAAUUUAUGAUUUGGAUUGGUCUCAAAAGGAUAGCUUUAUUUUAAGUGCAUCUGGAGACUACAGUGUAAAAAUGUGGAAUACAAAGUCGUGGAGCACAGUAAAUUCAUUUAUACAUCCUUCUUUUGUGUAUUCUGCAAAAUUUCACCCUUCUGAAGAAAAUAUUUUAGCUACAGCUUGUUUUGACCAUGUUAUCCGGAUCUGGGCAUUUAAGCAAUCUACUGAGCUUUUAAAAGAACUAGAAGCUCACAAUCAUUCAAUAAAUACUCUUUGUUGGAAUCCUGAUGGAAAAAAACUGUUUUCAGCUGAUGAUAGUGGCCAAGUAAAAGUUUGGAAAAUCCCACAAAAGGGAAAUUAUUUAAUGAGCAAUGGAAAUGAUGCGUAUACUUUGGAAAAAGAGCUGAGUUUGCCAGAAAUUAAGGGAAUUUCUAUCAACAAAAUAGUUCCUGGGGUUGCAAAAGCUAUACUUUACCUUCUUUGCAGUGAUUACAUUGUGAGGCAAGUGGAUUUGUCAAAUGGAAGUAUUAUCUUUCGUUAUGAAUCUGCUAUUAAACAUCAAGCUCCACUAUGUGGAUGUUGCUCACCUUGUGGAUCUUUGUUAUUUGCUUGCAAUGGUGAUGGAAGGGUUGUUGUCUGGAAUUUGAAUACCCAUGCAAGUUCUUUUGUUCCGGUGAAUGCUGGCUGUUUUUCUUGCAUCGAUUAUCAUCCUUAUGAACAUAUGAUGGCAAUAAGUUCAUGGGAAGACAGCAUUCCUUUAUAUUUGUAUGUUAAUGAUGAAGUCUCUGAAACAAAUGUGAAUGAAAAGAUGAUUGUUCAUAUAGAGGACUCCCGCUGUAAAGAGACUGUAAAUGACUACUUUUCUGGUGCUCCUCAUAUGGAGAAAAAUAAAUUAUUGAGAUCUGCCAAUGCCACCAAAGACUGUGAGAUCGUACCCGGUGUAAAAAUGUUGAAUUUUAGGUCUGGAGUUAAGAAAAAUUAUGGUAAACAGAAUCCAAAGUUGUCAUUUGAAUCAUCUAAAUCUGAUGAAAAUUUUGCAAAAUCUUCAACUGAUGCUACUGAAUCUUCAUCAUCUGAUAUUUUUAUGGAUCAUCCGAAGAAAAGUGAUAAAUCAGAUUCUUUGACUGCUGUUGUAACAAAAUCUGGUCAAUUUGAUGUUAUUAAUGUUCCUGCUGAUUUCAAAAAAUCUGAUACCUCUGACAAUAGGAGCCAGGAUUCUAAUGGGCAAUCAAGUGCUGUUCCAAAAAGCUCCAAAAGGUCUUUAAGACGUAAAAAACUAAAAGAGUUGUAUUUUUGAUGUGUUUUUUAAUGUAGAUUAUUUUUGAAUAAAUUUUAUUUUAAAUGGUCUGAA